GUUACUAAGUGCAUCACAUGUGGUUAGCAACUCGUUCCCGCUUUUUCUCUAUUAAAGGAAGUAAUCAAACAUUUUUUCUUAUCUUAAUUUGAGUGCAUUGAAAAGUUCCGCUUACAGUCACAUUUCCGUUUCACAUCAGAGCUCUUGAAAACAAGGAAGGAUACAUAAUAUUGAAAAGUAUUAAUAAAUUAAGUUAAACUUAUUAUCCAAUUAUAGUUAUCAAAAUGACGAAGAUGUAUGUAGUGAAACGGGAUGGGCGACAAGAAGACGUUUGUUUUGAUAAAAUAACAUAUAGAAUACAAAAAUUAUGUUACGGUUUAAAUAUGAAGUAUGUUGAUCCAUCUGCGAUAACAUUUCGUGUAAUCCGUGGCUUAUACACUGGUGUUACUACUGUUGAACUAGACAAUUUAGCAGCUGAAAUUUGCGCAACUAUGACCACACAACAUCCUGAUUAUGCUAUUUUAGCUGCUAGAAUUGCUGUAUCUAAUCUUCAUAAAGAAACAAAGAAGAUUUUCAGCGAUGUAAUCGAAGAUUUGCGAUCUGCAGUAGAUCGAUAUACCAAGGAGUCCAAACCUAUUAUCAGUGAAAAAGCUUAUAAUAUCAUAAAAAGACAUGCAAGCAAACUAAAUUCUGCAAUUAUUUAUGAAAGAGAUUUUAAUUAUAAUUAUUUCGGAUUUAAAACCUUAGAAAGAAGUUACUUAAUGAAAAUUGAUGGCAAAGUUGUAGAGAGACCACAACAUAUGUUAAUGAGAGUGGCUGUUGCAAUUCACGAAGAGGAUAUUGAGAAAGCUAUUGAAACAUAUAAUUAUUUAUCAGAACGUUAUUUUACACAUGCUUCUCCAACUUUGUUUGCUGCGUGUUCUCCGAAACAACAAUUAUGCAGUUGUUUUCUUUUAACAAUAAUUGAUGACAGUAUUGAAGGAAUUUAUGAAACCUUAAAAAGAUGUGCCUUAAUUAGUAAAUGGGCUGGUGGUGUUGGUCUAAGUAUACAUUGCGUUAGAGCAAAAGGUACACCAAUAAGUGGUAAUCGUGGCGAAGCAAGUGGACUGAUUCCUAUGCUUAGAGUAUUUAAUGAUAUGUCCCGCUAUGUUGAUCAAGGCGGAAAUAAAAGACCAGGAGCAUUUGCUAUAUAUGUAGAGCCAUGGCAUGCAGAUAUAUUUGAAUUCCUAGAUCUUAAAAAAAAUACUGGAAACUCUGAGAUUAGGGCGAGAGAAUUAUUUUAUGCUUUAUGGAUCCCAGAUUUGUUUAUGAAACGUGUUUUGGAUGAUGGUGUUUGGAGUUUAAUGUGUCCGCAUGAAUCUCCAGGCUUAGAAGAUGUUUGGGGAAAGGAAUUUGAUGACCUAUACAUUAGGUAUGAAAAACAAAAAUCCUACAAACGUCAAAUUAAUGCAAGAGAUUUAUGGACUGCUAUACUUAAGUCGCAAGUUGAAACUGGAACACCUUAUAUGCUUUACAAAGAUCAUUGUAAUCGCAAAUCAAAUCAACAAAAUUUAGGAACGAUUAGGAGCAGCAAUUUAUGCACAGAAAUAAUUCAAUAUACAAGCUCUGAUGAAAUUGCUGUGUGUAAUUUAGCAUCAGUCGCUGUUAAUAUGUUUAUUGAUAAAAAUACAAAAACUUAUAAUUUUGAAAAAUUAAAACACGUAACUAAAAUUAUAGUUCGCAACUUGGAUAAAAUAAUUAAUGUUAAUGAUUAUCCUCUCCUAGAAGCUAGAAACUCUAAUUUAAAACAUAGACCUAUUGGUAUUGGAGUACAAGGUUUAGCAGAUGCCUUUCUGUUAAUGCGCUUUCCGUUUGAAAGUGAAGAGGCUAAAAAUCUUAAUAUUCAAAUUUUUGAAACAUUAUAUUAUGGUGCUUUAGAAGCAAGCUGUGAACUUGCUCAAGAGAAAGGCUGUUAUGAAACAUACGAAGGAAGUCCUGUUAGCAAAGGAAUACUGCAAUAUGAUAUGUGGGGUGUUACACCAACGAAUUUGUGGGAUUGGAAAGUAUUGAAAGAAAAAAUUGCAAAACAUGGCAUAAGAAAUUCUUUAUUAUUGGCACCAAUGCCAACCGCAUCUACGGCACAAAUUCUUGGUAAUAAUGAAUCAAUAGAGCCAUAUACAAAUAAUAUUUAUUCAAGACGUGUCUUAUCUGGAGAAUAUCAAAUUGUCAAUCCUCAUUUAUUGAAAGAUCUUAUCGAAAGAAAUCUCUGGAAUGAAGAUAUGAAAAAUGAAAUUAUUGCAAAUAAUGGUUCUAUUCAGAACAUUGAUAGUAUACCAGAUGAAUUAAAAUUACUUUACAAAACUGUCUGGGAAAUAUCACAAAAAACAAUUCUUAAAAUGGCAGCGGAUCGUGGAGCAUUUAUUGACCAGUCACAAUCUAUAAAUAUUUACAUGGCUAAACCAACAGUAGAAAAACUUACAUCCAUGCACUUUUAUGGCUGGCAAAAUGGAUUAAAAACAGGCAUGUAUUAUUUGCGUACAAAACCAGCUGCAAAUGCACUACAAUUUACCGUUGAUAAAAGCAAAUUAAAGAAGACAAGGAAAAUGUCUGAAGCUAAUAAUUCGCUUAAUUCAAGUAUCAAAAGUCAAUAUUUGAAUAAAUCUUCAACAGAACCAGAAAAAAAUAGUUUUCACGAGAAUGAUACGAUUAAUACUAUGGAUGCAUUUAUAUGUUCUCUUGAAAAUGGUGAUGCUUGUAUGGCAUGUGGAUCAUAAUUAUUUAUAUCUUAAUAAUAUAAUUGAGUUUAAUAAUAUUAUAGUUUUAUAUUUCCAUUGUUAGAUUUACACUAUUAAGUAAAUAUAGUGAAAGAGUAAAUAAUAAAAAGAUAAUGUAUUUUUUUCAUAGUUUGUAUCUUUAAAAAACGUAUACAUAAGUAUCAUAUAAAAAUGUAAUU